AUGCGUAUAAAUACUAACCUGAAGACAGAAUCAACCAAAACAACACAGGCACCUAGUCCACCACAUUUUGACCAGAAAGAUCAGCGAGCAUCACUUGAGUCAUGUAGAUCGUAUAAGACCGCUCCAGAUCCAGGAUCUCCUACAGAUGAAGACUCCGACAAUGAAAUCGACCCACGGUUUGACGCACGAUCUCCAUCGCCUUCUCCAUCUUCUAGGCGAGCAAAGGCAUCCCAGGCAAGUAAACCUGUCUCAUUGCAUUCAGCAAGGAAACGGCCCUUGGAGAACUCCAAUCAUUAUGGAACCUCGUCAAAAUUGACAAAAACCUUGAGAGGAAAGCAGGCAGUCAACAUAUCGCGUAAUACAGAGGAUCGGUUCAAAAUACCAACCAUCGACAUGGCACCCUCGCUUCGACCUGAUUCCGGUCCGACAUCCGCAAAUACGUCCUUCAACAACAGCAUUUUCUCAUCACAGGAGACCGCCAAUACUGCAGCGACUUCUUUCGCAUCGUCUAACGGCGACACCAAUGCUUAUGGACAAUCCAGCCCAAGAUUAAAGACGACAAACAGAACGAGCUCUACCACAAUAGACUCCUUGGAUGACGCUAGUUUGAUCCUAGCGGAAAUGCAAUCUGCUAGUUUUCCCCAAAGCGACAGGGUAUGUGAGCAAGACAUCCAGAUCGACCUCAAUAAAAGCUUCUCCCAAGACAGCAACGGGCAAAGCAGAUCUACCUUUGGCUCUGUAGAUGAUGAGGAACUUGUCAAGGUGGCAGCCGUAGUUGAGAAAAAGCAAGAUCGGCCAGGUCCGGGUGUUUGCCUUCAACCCUCUGGGGUCACCACCAACCACCAGCAACACGAUUCUUCAACGGAUAAGAUGCCAUACCACAUACGCGACAUACCCAAGCAGAGUCUCUUCGUGGAAGUGCUUCCAGUGGAACUGAAAAAUAUUCCCUACCAUGUAUUGUUUAUCUGUCUGCGCAUUGCGCUAGAAUACUCUGUUCAAUUGCGAACGAUUGUGGAUGUUGUUGACGACCCAAACAUCUUAACUGACCCACAAACAUUUUGGCACUCCAUUGAUUGUCACUUUAAGAGUUUGGGAAGACCUACAGUCAAAUCACGCGACCCUAAUCGCCUCUGGCAAGCAGUAAAUCGGGAGAAGGAUGGUUUUACCUUCAAGGGAAAACUCAGUUUUAGUUCCAGACGAGCAGACUCAAUCAUGUGUCUCAGGCUACUACCGAUACAAGAAGAAAAGUCCUGUCGGCUACAGCGAAUGUUUGGUUCAGAUCGGUUCCUCUAUCUGGAUUUGCCCGAAUUUAAUUCUUCUAAAACAAAUGGCGUCGUUUACGAUGACAUGGUCAAAAUCAAAAAGAAGUGGCAAGAGUGGUUGCUAACAGAGCACUCUUUUUUGGGACGCAAAUGGAGAGUGUUUCAUAUUGACAACCUAAAAAGGAAGGACAAGUCUCGUCGCGAGAAUAUGCUUCACGACAAGCGGAUCAUUCUAUUUGCCACAGAAGGGGCCGGCAUUAAGCAACCGUAUACAGUGGGCGAAAUGUUGAACAAGUUCUUACCUAUUGAUCUCAACAAAAACCAAAACUUCUGUAAGGCUUUUGCUCGCAUUGAUCUUGGCCUUUCCCGGACUAUACCUACUUUGUGCUUCGAUACAGAGGAAAUCCGGCAUGUGGAUGACAAAACGAGCACAGAUGACCCAGAAGACACACAAUUCAAUGACACAACACUGGACUGGCCGUCUUUCCCAGGCCGUACUGUUAUGGAUGAUGGUUGUUGCGUCAUGUCAGUGGGUGCGGCGAAAAAGAUAUGGGAUCUGUACACCAAGGCUACAGGCGUUACCGAUCCACUACCUAGUGCCUUUCAGGGGCGUAUAGGGGGUGCUAAAGGAAUUUGGGUCAUUAGCGCAGAAAAAUUCACCAAGGAUCCGAUUCACCUGAAGCCCUGGAUCGAGAUCAACAGGAGUCAAUGGAAAUUCGAGCCACCAAACGACCAGUCUCCUCAUCAUCGAACUUUCGAAGUGUCAAACUACAGUUCGACCCCAUCUCCAUCUGAGCUGCAUUCAUCAUUCAUUCCGAUCUUGGCUGAUAGGGGUGUGUCAAAGGAGGCGAUAUCUGAUCUCAUGUCUGACUCUCUUGAAAAAGAGCGCAUAAAUCUACUAGAUGUUCUUCAAGACGCCACAAAGGUGCAUGAGUGGGUUUACCGAAACGGAGCAAACACAAAGGUUCGCGAAACCCCUGGAAGAGCUGGUCAGCCAGCAUCUCUUGAAGAAAAGGUUCUCAACCUACUGGAAUCUGGCUUUGAUCCUCUGACGUUUCCGUAUCUUGCUCAGAAUCUCGAAUCCUUUAUUCAGAAUAGACAUAUAUUUCAAGAGGCUAAACUACGUGUGCCGCUUCAGAAAUCAACGUUCUUGUACGGAGUGGCAGAUCCAUUGGGAGUAUUGAAUCCUGGAGAGAUUCAGAUAUUGUUCUCUUGGCCAUUCGUCGACGAGACCACCAACGAGACAUACUCGGACCUCAGGGACUUGGAAGUCUUAGUCGCCCGCCAGCCUGCUUGUCGCCGCUCUGAUAUUCAGAAGGUACGGACGGUUAUACAUCCCCAGCUGUCUCAUUUAGUAGAUGUGGCUGUCUUUCCCUCCAGAGGUCCUUUUCCCCUGGCUGGUAAACUGCAGGGAGGCGAUUAUGACGGCGACAUAUUCUGGAUUUGCUGGGAGGAUACACUUGUACAGCCGUUCUCCAAUGCUCCUGCACCAGUUCAGUCUCCUGACCCUUCCCUUUAUGGCAUCGAAACAAGAACCGAGAAGCUCAAGAAGAUUGUGGACGUUCGAAAACCCGACAAAGUGGAUGGAUUUUUGAAAAAAGCUUUCGAGUUCCGUGAUCAUUCAUCGCUGCUAGGCCAAGCAACCAUCCUAGCAGAGAGACAGGCCUAUCGCGAAAACUGCGUUCAUUCCGGAACCCUUGAAAAGCUCUACGAUGUGCACGAUCUCCUCGUCGAUGCAAGUAAGCAAGGAUACAUCCUCACUCAGAAAAAUUACAACAGCUCCGUAAAGACAUUAUGUGGCAACCUGAAAGAUCCGGCCUACAAAGUGGCAGCUGAAGCCUGCAAAAAUUUGAGGAUCUCGACAGAUACUCCGAAAUGUCGUGAGAAAAACUACGGUUACAAACCAGACAACGUACUGGACUAUCUCUACUUCGAUGUCGUGAGGGCACACAACAUUGAGACGAUGGAGAAAGUCAAGGAGAUACUUGGGAGCGCUGCUGAACGGGAUGAAGUCUUACUAUAUCCAUACGAAUACCUUCAUGAUGAAGGAACAGCUGUGAUCAGAAAAGAGCUCACUUCUUUGAACGUAAAACUCGAACGUGUGUAUGGUGCGUGGAAUGAAAUAUGGAAAAACACAAAGUAUACGGUAGAGAGUCGGAAUGCUUCAAUCGAAGAAUGCUAUCAAAGUUACCUGGCUAUACAGCCUGAUAGCCCAGACGAUCCUAAUAUCAGGCCAUGGAUGGCACCUUAUCGUCGGCAUGGAUCAUGUCACUGGGACACGGUCAAAGCAUCGGCACUCUACAGCAGAUAUCCGUGGCCCGAGAAAUUGAGGUUUAUCUUCAUGAUGGCCGGAUACACGCUUUCAAAGCUCAAGGCCGAAAGCUUCGAAGGGACCAGAUCCGUGGUACUGCCCAUCCGCGCGAACCUCAAACCAAGACGCAUCAAAACCAUAACCUACGACGAUGAAGUGGACUAUAUGAAUGAAGACGACUACGAUUUUGUUACUGCUCUCGAAGAUCAAUUCGCGGAUCUUGGUGACGUGUAUUGA